CCCUGCUCUCUCACACACACACACUCACUCACACAGUGCAGACAACUUGCUGCCGUCUAUUCGAUUCUCCCGGCCCGGCGGUAUGAAAAACGAAGGAAUUUGAAUGAUUAUUUUCCUCAAUUUUCUAUAUUUAACGGAUGUAUUGUUAUUAAUUUUGAGGAAUCAUCAGAUAACACUUAAUUCCUUGCUCCAGAUUAAAAAGUGUAAUGGUGGAGAAAUAAUCGCCUCUUAGUAGUAAGCAGCCGCUUAUCAAGGCCAUGCCUGCUAUGAAGAAGAAUGCUGAAUGCAUUGGGAUUGCACAAGUAUUCAAUCAAUUGGUGAGCGACAUUGGAAGUCCAGUUGAUUUCGAACUUCCUGACUCUUUAAAUAAAUGGAACUCAACAUCCUACACCAAAAUACGACGCAAUGUAUAUUUGACUAAGAAAGUAAAAAGGCGUUUGGAGGACGAUGGUAUCUUUUGUUCGUGCUGUUCAUCAGCUGAAUCUUCUGGUGUUUGUGGCAAAGAUUGUCUCUGCGGCAUGCUAAUGUCUAGCUGCUCUUCGGGCUGUAAAUGUGGGAUAUCAUGUCUGAAUAAGCCAUUUCAUCAAAGACCUGUAAAGAAGAUUAAAACUGUGCAGACUGAGAAAUGCGGAAUGGGCGUUGUGGCAGAAGAAGAUAUUAAUCAAGGAGAGUUUGUCAUAGAAUAUGUUGGAGAAGUUAUAGAUGAUAAAACAUGCGAGGAAAGACUUUGGAAAAUGAAACACCGCGGAGAAACUAACUUUUACCUAUGUGAAAUCAACCGGGACAUGGUGAUUGAUGCCACGUACAAGGGAAACAAGUCAAGAUACAUAAAUCACAGUUGCUGCCCAAAUACCGAGAUGCAGAAAUGGAUGAUUGAUGGCGAGACAAGAAUUGCUAUUUUUGCAACACGCGAUAUUAAAAAGGGCGAGCAUCUGACCUAUGAUUAUAAGUUUGUUCAAUUUGGUGCAGAUCAAGAUUGUCACUGUGGUGCUGUAGGCUGCCGGCAGAAGCUGGGGGUGAAACCAAAUAAACCAAAAACAGCUUCUUCAGAUGCUGCAUUGCAAAUAAUAGCACGCCAAGUGGCAGCAAAUUCUCCCAAAGUGAAAGGACUGGUCUCGAAUAAACAUGUCUAUUCGAAUGGAAUUUCUUGUUUAGGAGGUUUAAGGAAUGACCCUGCUCCGAGAACUAAGAGUCGCCAUUGUUGCAUUGGUUCAGUAAUAAGAAUUUGUCGCUUUACUGAUAAAAGAUCCUUUGGCAUAAUAAGACGGUUCGAUAAUACCACAAGAAAACAUUUGAUCAUGUUUGAAGAUGGAAAUUCCGAGUUCGUCGACUUAUCGGAGGAAGAAUGGGAAUUUUGCAAGUGUUAAGUAUAUUUUUCAGUGGCGCAGGUGAAGGAUUGAGCUUCGAUAUAUAUAUUCGAUAAUCGAUAUAGACAAGAGGCAGGAUAGCUUCGACUGUUGUUGUACCAAAUACUGUUGCCCAAAUUUCUGGGCCUUGUAUUUUAGCAUUUAUUCAUUGUAAAAACAUAUGUAAUUCAAGUGUAACACAAGUUGUAAGCAAUUUUUUUUUUUCCUGAUGAAAAUAACAUAUACUUCCGGACCAGUAUUUUUUACUUUAAAACUUAAAUUGAAGACUAAUUUGUU